AUGACAUCUAGUCAACAAACAGGUUUAUCUUCUGACCGUAUUCGUGGUCCAUCUGGGUUUAAUGUUAGUCAUCUCGAAUGUUCUAUUUGUCAUGAAUUAGUCUGGAAACCAGUUGCCUGUCAAUCAUGUGAAACACCUUUCUGUUCAACAUGUAUUCAUCAAUGGCUGAUCAAGCAUCCAAACCAGUGUCCAAGUCGAUGCCAAACAUACACUGAACGAAAAUGUCCUCCGUUUAUAGCUAAGUUACUUUCUCAAUUACAAAUUGCUUGUUUCUAUCAAUCUAGUGGUUGCAAUCAGGUCAUUUCAUAUGAAGGAUUAGACAAACAUGAGAUUGAAUGCGAUUUUCAGUCUCAGGAAUGUACUGGUUGUCAAUCACAAAUAUUAAAAAAAGAUUUUGAUAAUCAUAUGAGUAACUGUCCAUCAAUUGAAUUAACUUGUCAAGAUUGCAAACUUGUAUAUAGACGAGGUGAUGCUGAUAGAAAACAUACAGAAAACAUUUGUUUGAGAGAACAACUUCGACAACUUCGAGAUGAAUGCAAAGAGAAUAAACGUGAGAUACAAGAACUUAGUCUUCAAUUAAAUGAAAUGCGUUUAUUGAAUCCAGUGAUAAAAAAAACAAGAAUCACAUUUGAUGAUUUCGAAGGUGCACCAGACAAAUUGUGUCGUAUUUCAGUUGAAUAUCGAGAACUGAAAUGGACUGGAAUUUCUUGUAUGCACAAAUCAUAUGCAGUGCAAAAAUACACAGAAAGUGGAUAUGUAACAGCUUUUGUGCCUGGCAAUAGUUCAAACAUAGCAUUUUUCAAGGAAGCUGCAUCGAUCAGUGCCAAAAGUCCAAAUGAAAAAUUUACUUUUGUUUCUGUCACUGCGUGUGCUGCUUGGAGCGAUCAUCUACAAUUAACCAUUACAGGACAUCGGAAUUCAAUAGAGAUCAGCACAUAUAUGACAACACUUCUUUUUGGUAAACCACAACUUAUUCUCCUUCAUUGGAAAGAUAUUGACAAAAUCAUCUUUAAAUCAUCUGGUGGUACACCCCAUUCUGGCAUCGGUGGACCGACAAGAACUCACGUUAUACUAACUCAGCUAACACUAGGUCAAUUCGACUGA